CACAAAUGUUCAAAUUCCGGGGACAGGGGAAUUCACUUUUGCAUUGCAUGUGCAAUGCAAAAAAAAUCCUACUCACCCACUUGAAAAACCAAAACACUGUUUGCACUAUAGACAUAUAUUUUCCAUUUUUGUCUCAUGAUCCAGGCUACUGCAGAGCAAAUCCGCCUUGCCCAGGUGAUCUAUGACAAGAAUGACUCUGACUCUGAGUGCAAAGUCAACCAGCUCAUGGAGGUCACGGGGAAGAACCAGGAUGAGUGCAUGAUAGCGCUCCACGAUUGCAACGAGGACGUGAACAGAGCAAUCAACUUCCUCCUGGAGAGUACAUCCGACACGACCUCAUGGGAGACCGUAGGGAAGAAGAAGCCCCUCGUUAAGGAGGGACCGUCCGAGAGCAAGGAGAACAAGGAGAACCGGGAGAAGAAAGGAGACAAGGAGGCCAACAAGGGUCGCAGUGCCUCCAGCCGCAGGGGCAAGGGGGCUAGUCGCAGCCGACCGGCCGCACGCCCAGAGGAGAAUGGGGUUGAGGUGAUGCCCGUGGAAAGGGGCUCGGAGCGAGGCCGGAGGGGCAGGGGAGGUAGAGGGGGGUUGAUUGGAGCCGGAGGUCGAGGCAGGGGCAGAGCGCCGCCAGGGAGCCGGUUCUCAGCCCAGGGAAUGGGGACCUUCAACCCGGCGGACUACACCUCAGAUUCCCGCACGCGGACCAUGGACUCAGAGGUGUGGGACACGGGGGCCAACGGCACCAACCCAGAUGGAACAGCCUGGAGGAAUACACUGGAAGACUGGGCUGCUGAGGACUGGAGCGAGGAUGUCAGUCUCUCCGAGACCAAAGUGUUCACCUCCUCGUGUGCGCCUGCUGCUGAGAACCACAUCACACCUGGACAAAGCCUGGACCUGGCCACGCUGCUGCAGAAGCCUGUGGGUGGAGGUAGGGAGGCUCCCCCUUCCUCUUCCUCCUCCAGCUCUCAGAGCCUGGUCUUUACCAACUCCCACCACCACCACCAUCAACCGCAGCAGCCCCAGCUUCCCCUCAGCCGAAACGCCACUGGCAGCACAAGCUAUGCACACGUUGCCCUGUCGUCCGUGCUUGGAGCUGGCUUCGGUGACCUGGGACAGUCCAAACGGAGCCAGCCAAGCGCCGGAGCUCAGAUACUGGAGCAGCUAAAGGGUCCCGGCCUGGGUCCGCUGCCAUCCUCCCAGGCCACGCCCUCUGUCGGCACCCAAGGGGGUCGUCUGCCCGGCCUUGGAGUCCCAGUACCUCCGCCAGUCUCCUCCAGCUGGGACCUGAAAGUGUCAGAGCCCGGUGCCUCCUCGCAGUUCAGCCGGGAGUUUGGUAUGCAGCCAGAGCCCUCCCUAGUUCUGAGCCAGCUGGUCCAGAGGCACGCGGGACCCUCGCUGCCCCUGGCGCGCCAACCCAGCCCCCCGACGCAGCGGCUGCAGCAGGCCGCCCCCGCCGCCCCGUCUCCCGGGCUCCAGGCGGGCCAGGGAGGCCCCCUGCUGGCUGCUGGUAGUGCCAAGUCUCCUGCGCCCAGUGCAGGGCUGGACCCUCCGGGCAGCGGCACGCCGCACCAGCAACAACGGGCGCAACUCAAGGGCCAGAAGCGAAGGAUACCCCCCACGUCCAAGAUCCCCUCCACGGCGGUAGAGAUGCCAGGCUCCGCAGACAUUCCCGGGCUCAACCUCCAGUUCGGAGCGCUGGACUUCGGCUCCGAGUCUGCCAUCCCAGACUUUGGCGCCGUGGAGAACUGUGUCGUUGGCGCCUCGCGGGAAUCAACCCCGGGCCCCGUGGCCGCUCCAACCGCACCUGGACCCCAGAGCCAGUCCAGCCUGUACUCCACACCCCUCAGUGAGUCCCUGGGCCUCCCGCUCUCGGUGCCGCUGCCACUGCCCAUCUCCUCGUCGGAGCCCGUCUACCACUCGCCCUCCGUCACGCUGCCCAACCUAUCCUCCUCCUCCCUGGGCACCGCCAGCUCAGCCAAUCCUCACGCCGCCGCCGCCAGCUCCGCCGCCUCCGCUCUGUCGUCCUCUGUUGCGGUCCAGUCCACCGCCUCCCCGUUCUGCUCCGUCGGGGGGAGUUACGACGCACCUUUGUCGGUCCACUCGCGGCUGGCCUUCACCCAGAGCAAAGAGGCCUCUGGGCCGGUCAUGAAUGGCUUGAACGGCAUGAGGACGUCAGUUGCUUUAGACACAUCAUCAGUGUCAUCCACACCAAAGCCUGACUCUCCCUCUCUGAGCGUCAGCAGCCACAGUGGGCAAGGCGGCCCCUCCCACCACCCCUCGGUGAUGCCCAAUCACAAUGCUGCACUGGCCAGCCUGGCCCAGGACAUGCCCACCGUCAGCCAGCUCAGCUCUCUCAACAGCCAUGCCAGCAGCCACUCUUCAGUCUCGGCGGCGGGCUCCAGUGCUCUCACUUACACCAGUGGGGACAGCAGUAGCAUGAGCUCCCUGGCGCCCUCGUCUGGCUCCUACACGUCGUCGCAGAUCCCCGGCCCGUCGCUCCACUCGGUGCACCACCACCACAACAACAUCAACAUCAGCAGCAGCAGCAGUAGCAUCAGCCACCUGGCUAACAUGGCCAACAUGGGUGGCGGCAUGAGCAGCGCCAUGGCUAACGCGGGCGCGCUGCACUCGGCUCUGGGGCUCAGCUCCAACGGCAUCGGCGCCGCCUCCAACCUGGCGGCGGGCCGGACCGCCCCGCUGCUCUCCUCGUCCAGCGGCAAAGCCCCUCCCAACCUGUCCCAGGGCGUGCCUCCACUGCUGCCCAACCAGUACAUAAUGGGCCCCGGAGGACUACUUCCAGCAUACCCACAGAUCUAUGGCUACGAGGAUCUCCACAUGCUACAGUCCAGACUACCCAUGCCCUCCUUGCAGGACUACUACGGCAUCACAUUCCCUGGGCCUGCAGCUCUCUCAGGCAGAGACGGGAGUCUAGCCAACAACCCAUACUCAGGUGAAGUCACAAAGUUCGGAAGGAACGACUCCACCUCGCCGGCCCCCCCGACCAGCCUGUCGGCCCCCCAGCCCCCCCAGGGUCAGAGCCAGGGCCAGAGCCAGGGCCAGCCUCAGCAGCCCCAGGCCCAGGGCCAGCCACAGCACCACGGGAACCAGCAGGCCUUCCUACCCCCGGGCUACAGCUACACCGGCCUGCCCUACUACCCCGGUGUGCCCAGCGCCGUGCCCAGCGCCGCAGCCUUCCAGUACGGCCCCACCAUGUUCGUCCCUCCGGGAGCCCAGGGGCCGGCCUCCGGCAAGCAGCACGGCAUGGGCCUGGGGCUGGGCAACCCCUCGGCCAGUCCCUUCCAGCAGCAGAGCCAGCAGCAGGCCAGCGGCUACGGCCAGCACACCUUCAGCUCAGGGUACGAGGAGCUGACGGCCGGGCCAGCCGGUGUGGACUACAGCAAAGGCUACAGCAACUCCUCCCAGGCCCAGGCCAAGUCUGCUGCUAGCGGCCCUGGGAAAGGCGUCUCCGUGACGUCCAGUAACUCGGGAGUGCCAGACAUCAGUGGAAGUGUUUACAAUAAGAGCCAGGCCUUUGACAAGCAGGGUUUCCACGCCGGGACCCCGCCUCCCUUCAGCCUGCCUUCAGCGUUGGGGGGCCCGGGGCCUCUGAACCCUGGUGGGGCCCCUGGAGGCUACGCUCCGGCCCCCUUCCUUCACAUCCUGCCUCACCAGCAACCCCACUCCCAGCUGCUACACCAUCACCUGGCUCAGGACGGACAGGGUGGUCCUAGCCGCGGCCAGUCCAGUAGCAUGCAGCAGAAGAGCCAGGUCAACAAGUCCAGCUACGGCAGCUCCCCCUACUGGGCCAACUGAGACGUCCUCUCGGUCUGAUGGUUUUUUCGGACGGACAUCACAACCGAUCGAUUAGACUAUCAAGGAACCAUUUUACAGCACCAUGUUAAAAUACAGACACACAACCACCCUUCCCCCUCUGCUCUAUAUAUCCCCUUUUCAAAUUUAUGGCUGUUGUAUGUAAAAUAUAUUUAUGUAUGUAUUUAUACAGUAUAUAUGUAUUGGUAGAAAAUGAAAUGUGGUUUUCUGCAUUUUUUUUUUUUUUUGAAGGACAUUUUAUCAACAAAAAAAAUCGUGGGAAGAUUGCUAAUCAUGGAGAAUUUAUGAAGUUGAUGGUAAAUAUACUUGAACACGAACAAGCAUCAUGUGUAGUGGAUUUUCUUUUGUAUGCAUACAUGAACCCUGAGAAUGAUGUACAUAAAGCUAUACAUCAAUUUCACGGCAAAGGCCUUUUUUUAAUUUUGAAACAAGUUUUUGUAACAUCGUCUCCCCAUCUGUGAAUCCUUAUAUUGAGGGGACUUUAGUUGAUCGCUUGACUUUCUUUCCCCUCCCAUUCCUUGUCUCCUUCCCCCUUACUAAUUGGCUGAUAUACAGCCAGGCCUUGGAUUUGAUGUCAUUUUAACAUUGGUUUAAUCAUUGUUGUCCAAAUUAAAAGUUCUGAACUGUUUGAAGUCUUGUUAUAUCGCAGUUCACUUGAACAUAACACUGGUUGCCCUAUAAUUUAAGGGAAAAUGGGAUUUAAUUACAAGGGUUAAAUUAUAUCCAAUAUCUUGAUUAGACAAUUGGUGAGCCAGAUGGAAGGGUUUCCAAAGGUAUUUUUAUUUCUGAGAAGAUGGCUCGAGACCUGCCAAAUGGCUCGAGACCUGCCAAACUACAAGGGUCUGUUCUUAAGUAGCAUGGUAUAAUUGUAGGUAUUGAAACAGUUAGCCAAUAGUUGCAAAAAUGUUAACACGAUCAAGCUCUGGUUUCUGCCUGCAAAAAGGUGCCGGCCUCAAGUGAACCCCUGCUCAAAUGCUGUUCAGCACAACCAUCAUAUUACGGCUAGCAAUAUUUCCAUGCCAUGUGAGCUUGAGGAUUGUUUAUAAUCUACAAAGAUAAAUGUCACUGACAGAGGACCCAGACAAAUGACUAAAAAUGUCACAUGGCGUUUAUUUACACGGAUAACAGAAAUAACUUCAAGGCACAAUUCUGAAAAAGUGAGUUGAUGUUCCCCAUUUAUAUAAAGCAUAUUACACGAAAGUCACUUGUUGGUCAUUAAGUCCAGCAAACAAAAUGCAUCAAAAUAAAAACUGUACAGGUACAAAGUAAAUCUAUUCCGCCUUGAUCUUCUUUUUCUUCCUCUUCUCAGUCACGGGGGUCUCAGGUGCCACCUCAGCCGCCUCGGUUUCCAUGGCUUCAGACUUGCGUUUCUUUUUCUUCUUGGCGGGGGUUUCCACUUCCUCAGCAGCUGGAGCCUCGACAUCGUCUGGAGUCUCAACUGCCUCAGCCUUGAUUUUCUUCUUCUUGACUGGUGUCUCAGCCUCUCCAUUUUCAGCCUGAAAGUUAGAAAAUGCAUUAAGGUAGUUUAGUGAAACUGUACCAAGUGUAAGAUCACAACUGUUGCAUCAGCAAGCUAAUUGGUGUCUGACUCGCUUCAGUGAUUUGGUCCACUGGAUGGGACCAGCCAAUGGUUCGGAGUCAUUUUGAUAUGGCACGCCGUAUACUGAGAUAAAACCAAGUGGAUGGCAAGAUCCCAAAUCAAACAUGCCAGGACAAAGCAAGCAAAGCACUGGUCAUUACCUUUAUCUCCGCCAUGCCGUUGGCUCCACCGUUUACCUCCUCCUCAUGGAGCUUACUCUCACGCUUCUUGCGUUUCUUCUCCUUUUUCUCCAGCUUCCUCUUGAUCUCAGUGGUCACGUCACCAGCCUGUAAUGCGGAGGAUACAGUCAGUAUGCAAUACAAGAACUUAAAACACACACACCAUCAUCAUGGUACUCGCUGUGUCAGGCUCAUUAAAUCAUUUUGUACCCCCAGUAUUUAGUCGGGGCAAGAGUUGUCAUCACUCACAACGAAGAAUUUAGCUCACUUUAAUUUUUCCGUUUCUACUAGGAGGCAACCGUCACAUGUGAGAACUCUUUACCUCUUUCAUUGCCUCCUUCAUGACAUCAACGUUCUUCCUGGGGAGGUCACCAGUCUCGUAGAAGGACAGUCGUUCCUCUACCUGGUUGCGGAGCUUGUCACCAAACACACUUGUAGGCACCUCUGUAAAACACCACAAUAUCAGUCAGUAUGGGCGGCAUUGAGUUCUCGCAUCCUUUGUAAGCCAAGAGACUGCUCAGGGAUAAAGCUAUCAUCAUCGUCAACCCAAAGGUUGAAUAGUGUUGACGAAAAAUAUCGACAUCAUUGCCACUAACUAAUGUGGUUUAAAGACGCAGCCUUGACUCACCAGAGAAGCAGUCUAUGCGUGAGGCGAUGGUGCACUUGUUUGCCAGGUAUCUGGAGAUACGGCCCUUGUUCUUUGCAGCAGCGCGACCAAUGAAUGUCGAGUGGAAGAUGAGGCCGUAUUUGGGAGUGUUGCCACGUGUCUUCAGCGCUCUGUUGACAGGAUGCUUUGACAUUUAGAACAGGCAAAAUUGCCAAUUGAUGGCAAAGACUACACACUUUAAACCCAACAGAAGAAAUCUAGACAGUCUACAGACUAGCCGUGUUCCUCUACCUCAGUGCUUUAAGUGGCUGCUCAGACUUUGGGGGUGCAUAAGGAUACGAGAGAGAUCACUCUGAAAGUGGUUACACAAAAGUGUCCAUCUCCAGUCACUCUUCUCUGCUGCGGCCCAUCCCUGCCAUCACUGCAGCCACUGGUUUCCCCAGCAGGGAAGGGUUGCCCCAGUACCUGAACAGGGCUUUCUCUGCUCCCAGGAUCUGGACAGUAGAGGCUGGGUAUUUGGCCAGAUUGGUCAGGCUUCCAGCAUGUGAAAUUAGCCUAGCUCCCACCUGAAAAUAAGACAAAAAAAACGUGCAUCAGAAUGGCAAACCCUUUGAUAAACUCUGGUUUGGCUUCUAGCUAACAAGGACUUUCAGCACCUAAUUGGUUUCUCAGCACAGUUACUCAGGGGAUUGACAGAUUUGGUAAAACAUCAUUAGUCCCAACUAUGGCCGUGUUCAUAAUGACAGCAGAUCUCAACUCACCACUUCUCCGAUCAAGGCGGCUAGGUUGGGGGCCACCUGGCUCAUCCUAGAGCGCAGGUACUCCUGCAGCCCCCGGCGGUAGUCUGCCAGGGACACGACGCGGUUGGAGAAUCUCUCGAUGUUGAUCAGGUCGAUGGGAGAUAUGUCCAUACCUUAACACAAAAGAAUAGGCAGUGUGAACAGAGGCGUUGAAUACAAUAGCAGUAUGACAUGAUAAAUGGCCUAUUGUAUGACACAAUAGCAUGAUAAAUGGCCUCAACGUCUGUUUUUCAAUCUCUGGUCAACAGAUACAAGGUUGUUUCUCCCGACAGGAUCCGCAGAGAGGGUUUGUUCCUUCACUACAGGUUUAUGAGAGCUAUAAUAAUUUGCCCCUCUGUGUUAGACACCAAGGACACACAAGAAGUCCAGGGU